AUGUGACAUUGUGGGUUAGGCCCUUUGUUGUUUGGUACUGUUUCCAUUGCUGAAGGUAUAAUUGGUGUGGUGUCUUUGCAUGCCUACUUUAAAUUCCCAUAAAUGUCAGAGAGGAUUCUCCUGAUCAGAAAGAGCUGCAUGUAGAGAAGUGCUAGUACUUUGGGAUCUCAAAACGCUAGUAAUUCAUUUGAGCUACAAGUUACCGUGACGGGUGAUUUUAUUUAUUUUUUUAAAGAUUUUAUUUACUUAUUUGUCAGAGAGAGAGAUUACAAGUAGGCAGUGAGGCAGGCAGAGGGGGAGGAGGAAGCAGGCCCCCUGCUGAGCAGAGAGUCCGAUGCAGGGAACCAUCCCAGGACCCUGAGAUCAUGACCUGAACUGAAGGCAGACGCUUAAUGCACUGAGCCACCCAGGUGCCCCAUGAGUGGUAAUUUUAUAGUGUAUAUAAAGAACUUACCCAACUCAGUAAGAAGUCUUUUUUUAAAAAGGAAAAAGAUUUUAACAGGUACUUUUCAAAAGAAGAUACACAAAUACACUGCAUAUAUGAAAAAAUGCUCAGCGUUGUUAGUCAUCUGGGCAUUGCAAGUGAAAACUACAGUGAGAUGCCACUUCAUACCCACUAGAACGGCUGACAAUGCCAGUUGUUACUGAGGAUGUGGGACAGCUGGUCCUCUUGCCCAUUGCUGGUGGGUGUAUACAGUGUGAAAUAGGUUGGCAGUUUCAUGGAAAGUUAAAUUCACCUUAUGACACAGCAAAUCCACUUCUUGGUAUUUAUUCAGAAAAUAUGAAGCGCCCGAUCCACCUUCUAGCAGAAGAACGACCAUGGAGGUGGUGCCAGCCGAGGUGAAUAGUUUGCUUCCAGAGGAGAUAAUGGACACUGGUAUAACUUUAGUGGAGGAUGAUAGUAUUGAGGCUGUUAUUGUGUCAUCCCCAAUUCCCAUGGAGACAGAACUGGAAGAAAUUGUCAACAUAAAUUCUACUGGGGACUCUACAGCCACGCCCAUUUCCACGGAACCAAUCACAGUGUACAGUAACCACACUAACCAAGUUGCAGUGAAUACCACAAUUACUAAAGCAGAUUCUAAUACCACAGUGAAACCAGCUUUUCCAAGUGGCCUUCAAAAACUUGGUGCUCAGACUCCUGUGACUAUAUCAGCCAAUCAGAUUAUUUUAAACAAAGUAUCACAGACAUCAGAUCUUAAACUUGGCAAUCAGACCCUUAAACCAGAUGGACAGAAGUUAAUUUUAACAACUUUGGGCAAGUCUGGUUCACCAAUUGUUUUAGCACUACCCCAUAGCCAACUACCCCAGGCUCAGAAAGUUACAACUCAGGCCCAGUCAGGAGAUGCUAAGUUACCACCGCAGCAAAUUAAAGUAGUUACCAUUGGAGGGAGGCCAGAGGUGAAACCUGUCAUUGGUGUCUCAGCAUUGACCCCAGGAAGCCAACUGAUUAAUACUACAACUCAGCCCUCUGUGUUACAGACCCAACAGUUAAAAACAGUGCAGAUUGCUAAGAAGCCUCGAACACCAACCUCUGGUCCAGUAAUCACGAAGCUGAUCUUUGCAAAACCAAUUAAUAGUAAAGCAGUUACAGGACAGACAACUCAAGUAUCACCACCAGUCAUUGCAGGUAGGGUUCUUUCACAGUCUACUCCCGGGACUCCAUCAAAGACCAUAACAAUAUCUGAAAGUGGUGUUAUUGGAUCAACUUUAAAUUCUACAACACAGACACCAAAUAAAAUAGCCAUCUCACCUUUGAAAUCGCCAAAUAAGGCAGUGAAAUCAGCUGUGCAGACCAUCACUGUUGGAGGCGUGAGCACAUCACAGUUUAAGACAAUUAUUCCUCUGGCAACUGCUCCCAAUGUCCAGCAGAUUCAAGUGCCUGGAAGCAAGUUUCAUUAUGUCCGCCUUGUUACUGCCACAACAGCCAGUAGCUCGAGCCAGCCAGUUAGUCAGAAUCCCAGUACAAACACUCAACCUCUCCAGCAAGCAAAGCCAGUGGUCGUCAACACCACUCCCGUGCGGACGCCAGUUCCUCUCGUCUCGGCACAGACUGUCAGACAGGUCGUUCCCAAACCCAUCAAUCCCACUCCGCAGAUAGUCGCCAGCAGCCAGCCUCAGCAGCGGCUCAUCAUGCCGGCCGCCCCACUGCCACAGAUCCAGCCCAACCUCACCAACCUGCCGCCAGGCACUGUGCUGGCCCCGGCGCCAGGAACAGGCAACGUGGGCUACGCAGUGCUUCCAGCUCAGUACGUGACCCAGCUGCAGCAGUCCUCGUAUGUGUCCAUAGCGAGCAGCUCGAGCUUCACUGGGACCCCUGGCAUCCAGACCCAGGCAAGGCUUCCAUUCAACGGCAUAAUCCCGUCAGAGUCUGCCAGUAGGCCCAGAAAACCCUGUAAUUGUACAAAAUCGCUGUGUUUGAAAUUAUACUGUGAUUGCUUUGCAAAUGGUGAAUUUUGCAACAACUGCAAUUGUACUAAUUGUUAUAAUAAUUUGGAACAUGAAAAUGAAAGGCAAAAAGCAAUAAAGGCAUGCCUUGACAGAAACCCAGAAGCUUUCAAGCCGAAGAUAGGGAAAGGAAAGGAGGGGGAAUCCGAUCGACGUCACAGCAAAGGGUGUAAUUGCAAACGAUCAGGAUGUCUUAAAAACUACUGUGAAUGCUAUGAGGCAAAAAUAAUGUGUUCCUCAAUAUGCAAAUGUGUUGGCUGCAAGAAUUUUGAAGAAAGCCCAGAAAGAAAGACCCUGAUGCACUUGGCGGACGCGGCCGAAGUCAGGGUACAGCAGCAAACAGCAGCGAAAACGAAGUUAUCUUCUCAGAUUUCGGACUUGCUUACUAGGCCCACGCCCGCUUUGAAUAGUGGAGGAGGAAAGUUGCCGUUCACGUUUGUAACUAAGGAAGUAGCCGAAGCCACGUGUAACUGCCUUCUUGCGCAGGCGGAGCAGGCUGACAAGAAGGGAAAGUCCAAGGCAGCAGCCGAACGGAUGAUACUCGAGGAAUUCGGACGGUGUUUGAUGAGCGUCAUCAACUCUGCAGGAAAAGCAAAAAGUGACCCUUGUGCCAUGAACUGCUAAACUUGCACAGGAGACUGUCCGUGGACUGCACAGAAGAUGAAAGGUGCAGGGCCACUUGAUCUUCUGGAAGAUAGUUUAACAAUUAUUGUAUUGUUGGUUCAGUCCUUGUGAGACCUGAAAUUAUAAUACUGAAAGAGAAGAAAUUUUAAAUGAGGAAAUGAGUACAUUUUAAAUCUUAGUUAAACCUGUUUAUGUCCCUUCUAAAUUCAGUUUUUCUUUAUUGUAUUACAUGGAUUUUUAAUUUGCAUGGGUUUCUUAAGAAUUAGAUGUUCUGUCCUUCUGAUUCUAUUGACAAAGGACAUUUAUAAAUUACUAUAAUUUAUAACGUUUGGUGUUGUAUGACUUUGUUCCAGUAGAAAAAGCCAAACAACCAUUGGUAUUAUCCAGUCAUUCUUUGGCACUAGACCCAAGCAGAUAGAAUGUCCACAUAAACAAAUUCUAAUGAAACAUAUUCAAAUGACAUUUUGCGUUUAGGAAAGCUCUCUUUUUAAGAAAAACCAGCUUUUUAGCACAGAUUCUGGAAUACUAUCCUGUUGUCACUUUGGAAAUGUCAGAAGGGGAAGUAAUCCAUAGGCACACUUUUAAAAUAAAAAAGUUGAAAAAAAAAAACCAAAGUGUUAAGGGACAGUAAAUAGUUCUUAAUAGGCAAUGUAUUUCUCUGAGGAGUGACUAAGAAGCGCUCUAGGGUGUUUCCAUUUUCUUUGAAGGAGGUGGUGUGCAUCUGAAAUGAUAAAUUGUCAGAGUGAUUACUGGGGACUUUUAAAAGUGAGAGGUACAUAUGAGUAGAACUUCGUAUCAUUAUGUAGUGAUGACAGUAGAACCUUACAUAAUUAUCAGGUAUAAAAUUUGGCUUGGAUGGAGAAAUGAAGAACAUUGAAACUCCAAUAGAUGAAUUUAGGGAAGGAUUUUUCAUCUAUACAAUUCUUGUUAAAGACUCUUGAACUAAGAGGUCUCAAUCCAAUGUAUGAGUCUUACUUGAUUUACUGAAAGGGCCUCCUAACAAAACUUUCCAAAUUAUAGUGGGAUUUCUUUCUAUAAGGGAAGCUUAAUAUGGCAUUCUUUUUAGCCAGUGAUUUGAUAAGCCGAAGGUAUGAGUGUUUUCUUAUUAUUACUAAAAUAACCUAAAUCAUUUUCGCUAAUUCAAAAGCUUUAUGAAUUUUAGAGCCAGUAAUAGGACUCGGAUUUUAAUGACAAGAAAAAAACCAUGUUGGAAUUCAGGUAUUUUGUUAGGUACCUUAAUCCUCAGUAAUUAUUAGUAUAUGAUUAUUACAUUUCCUACAAGGAAUCGAUAGUUGUAUGUAUUAAGUGUGUAUAUAUGUUCAUAUGAACAUGCAAGGUAUAGGCAAUAGAAAUUAAGUAAUCCAAAAAAAGAUUCCGUUAUUCACUGAAGUAUCUUCCUUUUGAAAUCUGGAUUUAUAAAAUUAUAGUUCAGUAACUUUAAAUGUAGAUAGUGCAAACAUUCUUAGCACCUCAAUCUAGUAUGUUUAAUUAAAAUUUGUAUAAAUGUAAAUCAGUGUAAGGAUAAAAUAUCUAAUCAAGUUAUUUUUCAAAGAUUACAAUACCUUUUUGGUCUAAACCUAAACUUUGUUCAUUUUGUACAUAUUCUGUGUUUAAUUCUAAUUGCACCUUUGUGAUGUGUAUUUAUAUAUAGUGUGCAGAAAAUGUUUGUGAAAUUUGGAUUACAAUUGUAGAUUAUGUAUGACGGCAUUGCUUGAGAAUGUUUUGCUUGUAAAAACUUGAAGGUGCAAUCAAAUGCUACUAGUUUUUCUGAUUUUCAAGAAGCUAUCUAAAGUAUUAAGACUUUUCCUUCCUGUGUCGUACUUACUAAGCAACUUUUUGUAUUUAGGCAUUUGCAUCAAAUUGCUGAACAAGAUUAAUAUCCACAUUAAUUCAACAAUUUUAAAAGACUAUUUGGGGAGGGCUGGGUAUAUAAUUUUUUUUAGCUCUAUUUACAUCCCAAAGUAGAAAGAUUAAAUUUAUAUUUACUAGAGCUAUUCAAAGAAUACACUUUUCUAUAUUGUAAAAGCAGGACAGCAAAGUAAAUCAUACAGAAAAUAAACAUUUAUACUAUUCUGUAAAAAAAA